AUGGUUGAAGUCAAAAAAGAAUCCAAAGAUUCGCAUCAACUGAAUUCAAAGCAGUUUAGUGGAACAAAUAAUGAUAACGACUCCAAAAAACCAAAGAAACCAAAAGGUACAAUUAAACGCUCUAGAAAUGGGUGCCAUAAUUGUAAGAGAUUGAAAAUUAAGUGUGAUGAAAAGAAACCGAAAUGCACUUAUUGUGUGAAAACUAAAGCUGAUUGUGAUUACUCGCUAAAGCUAACUUGGGGAGGAAGAAAUUACAAAAAUGCCAAUGAGAAGAAUGUAAACUAUUCAGCAAUAAAUUUUUCGAAUGGGACCAAAAACACACCAGAUAUUAAAAAGAAGAAAUCUAAAAACAGUUCUAAUCAUGGGAUGGAUAGUAAAAAGCCUAAUGGGCAUAUCACUACGGAAAAUAAAAUAAGAAAACCUGCGAAGUUUGUUCAAAAUGCAAAUCUUGGAAACUUGAAUCCUAAGAAAAGGCUAUUCACCCAGGCUGGCCAUGAUGAUCAUUUGAGAAUACAUCACUACAAUCCUUCGAACCUGGAAUCUCCUCAACUUGAAACUCCUUUAACUACUUUCUCGAAUUCUGACUUGAGCAGCACAUUAGAUUAUUAUUCUCCGAGCACCAGCGGGAACGGUAGCCACAUAGAAGGGAGCUCUGAAAGACUUUCUCCUUCAGAAGUAAAUAGCAGGAAAUACUCUCUGGGUACCACAAUCGACCCGACGAACAUGUUAGACAAAAAACUUCAUCACGAAUAUCCGGAUGUUAUUGACGGAAUCCAAAACUUGAAUAGUGCAUUGGACAAGGUAUCAAUGGGAGCAAAUCACUUUUUUUUACAAAACUCUGAAAUUUUUAAUAAGUUCGUGCUUACAGGAAAUGCGACGAGUUCAAUUGAGAAUCUGACGACUAACCCAAGUGGUCGCCCAAGUGAUCGUCCGUUCUCUAUAAAUGGCAAUGUUCUUAGUGAUGUGAAACCGCUUCUGAAACCAGAUGAGUUUUCUCCCGGCACGGUUGAACUUUUAGAAAAUUUCGAUAGAGAUAGUAUGGAUAAUUAUUCUGAGGACAUUGCUAAAAUUGAAGCUCACGAAAAUCUUCAACUGAUAGAUUCUUUUAACAAUGACAUUUUCAUGAGAUUGAGAGCUCCAGAUGCUCAGCGAAUGUUACUGCAAGCUAAUGAUCGAAUUAGCCUUGAAGAUGAUGACGAAGAUGAGGAUGAGGGAAGCGGAAUCCUUGUUAAUCAGCACGAAAGUGUCUCCCCUCGAUCUCAAGGUUACGGCUUUGAAAACCUUUCACCAGAAGAUAUGUUUCGUACCAUACCACCUCUGCUCACGCCUUUGCCGGAAAUGUUACUUCACGUUCCUUAUUAUCGUGGUUUGAUGCAUUUUUGGGUAAAUGUUGCUUCGAACUGUCUAGUUCCCGCCCCAUCUCAUUUAUAUAAGGAUAACCCAUUCAAAGUUAUAUUACCGCAAAUGGCGAUGAGCUAUCCCUCAAUUUUAACUACGCUUUUGGCCUUUUCAUCAAACAUGAGGGCAGUGAUUACUGGAGAAGAAAUUCCUCACGCUAUCAUAAAUCAAUUACUUUCUCGAUCUUGUAAUGAGUUACUUAAGCAGUUGAAAGACAAAAAAGAGUCUACCUCAGAUGGAACUUUAGCCACCGUUCUACUUCUUUCUUGUUACGAAGUUUUCAAUUGCAGAAAUAUUGAAAGUCAUAGAGUUCACAAUUUGGGAGCAAGGCAAAUUUUGAGAGCAAGAAAGUCCAAUUCAAGCAUGAGCUCUCAAAGGAUCCGAUCUAGCAGUUCACAUGAACUAGACGAUAACAACACUGAUUCCAUUGGAAUUGAGAGUGACAUAACCUUUUUCUUGAUAAGAUGGUUCGUAUAUAUUGACGUUAUGGGUGCAAUAUCAGCAACUAAAGGAUCUAAUUACUAUCUUGCGGUACAGGAUGAGUCUCAGUAUGCAGAAGGAGCAUUCUUAACCAAGCUUAGUGAUUUGAGCUCGAAUAAUAAUCAACGGUCUAAAGGAAGUGUAGACUAUUUCUUAGGGUUCGAUGCCAAGCUACUUCCCCAAUUCACACAGAUUGCACUUUUGAUUAGAAAGACAAACAAUUUUUUGAAGGACAAUAAGAUUUCUCAUCAGUCUUUGCCCGACAGUAUAAGAUUGAAGGCACUGGAAGUAAUUGAUGAGCUCUAUCGAGCAAUAAGGAGAGGAGAAAUUAAUGACCAACUGGAUAGCGAGAGCGCUUCUGACAGCAAUCUAAGAGCUUCUUACUCCAAUAAUUAUCGUGCUUUAAACAAAGAAGAUAGUAUGUUAUACUACUCCAAUAAAUUGUAUUGCUAUAUGGGCUUAAUGAAUAUUUACAGACGUGUUCUUCGAUUGCCUAGGGGCUCUGAGGAGGUUCAAAAGAUUGCGAGUGAUAUCGCAGAAAUAAUGAGACUCUAUGUUGAACCUAAGUCUCCCAUGGAAGUAUGCUUUAUAUUUGGACUAUUCUGUGCUGGUUGUGAAACUCUUGAUCCCGUUUUACGAGAGUUUUUCCUCCACAGAUUUCUCAUGUUGUCAGAAAUAAGUCAUGUCAAUGCUCCCAAGGCUCUAGAAAUUAUGAAGCACUGCUGGAUCACUGGCGAAGACUGGACUGAAAUCUCUAAUCGACUAGGCAUAGAUAUUACAUUAUUAUAG